AUGUCAGUCCUGGGUGAGCUGUAUAGGGAGAAAGAUGAGUGUGUCAACUGGCUGUCCCAGGAGAAGAGGGAGAAGAAAAAGAUACUGCAGGAGCUGCUGUUGCACCUUGCACGUGAAGGUACCAAGUACCAGGACAAGAUUCUGGCAGCCACCCAGACCCCAGAUGCUGAGGCCCCCCCUCAGACCUGUUGGGCCCCACAAAGAUGCAAGUUAUGGAGAAGCAGCAAGGUAAGGCUAGAGAAAAAGAUCAGGGCUAGGGUCAGGACCUUGCAAAGAUCCCCGGUGAGCAGUGACAAUGGAGCGAUGGAAGAGGCCUCCAGGCUGGACCCUCAGGCGGCAGAGGAGACCCUGGGGGCGCCCGGGCCCACGAGACCGACAGGCGGGCGGCCACGCAGGCAGGCGGAGGCUGUGCAGACCGACGCAGCCUCGGGAGGCACCGGACCCCAGGCCUGCUGCGCUGGGAUACGGAAGGUGAGCCACCGGGGCCUCCAGCGGGGAGCGGCGGCGUGGAGGAGCCGCCUCGCGGGCUGUCGAGACCUGCGAGCGGAGCGCGGUACGGACCCGGGCCCAGCGGCGCGGCGCCGGUGCAGCGAGAGCACGAUGGCAGCGUCCGCCGGAGUCGGGGCGCAGAUGGCAACCUCGGACCGCAUGCGCUGGCCGUGGUCGGUGCUGCUGGCGGCGCUCGGGCUGUUGACAGCCAGAGUGUCGGCCUUGGAAGUAUAUACACCAAAAGAACUGUAUGUAGCAAAUGGGACACAGGGGAAGCUCACGUGCAAGUUCAAGUCCGCCAACGUGACUGGCAGGUUGACCUCCGUCUCCUGGAGCUUCCAGCCUGAGGGGUCUGACAAUACUGUGUCGUUUUUCCACUACUCCCAAGGGCAAGUAUACCUUGGGGAUUAUCCACCAUUUAAGGACAGAAUCACCUGGGCUGGAGACCUUGACAAGAUGGAUGCAUCAAUCAAGAUAGAAAAUUUGCAGUUCAUACACAAUGGCACCUAUUUCUGUGAUGUCAAAAACCCUCCUGACAUUGUUGUCCAGCCUGGACACAUUAGACUCUAUGUCGUGGAAAAAGAGAGUUUGCCAAUUUGGGUGGUGGUGGGUAUAGUUACUGCUGUGGUCCUAGGGCUCACUCUGCUCAUCAGCAUGAUUCUGGCCGUCCUCUAUAGAAGGAAAAAUUCGAAACCGGAAUACACUGGCUGCAGCACCUCAGAGAGUUUGUCAUCAGUUAAGCAGACUCCACGGAAGUCCCCCUCGGACACAGAGCAUCUAGUAAAGAGUCUGCCUUCAGCAUCUCACCAGGGGCCAGUUAUAUACGCGCAGUUAGACCACUCCGGUGGACAUCACAGUGACAAGAUUAACAAAUCAGAGUCUGUGGUGUAUGCGGACAUCCGGAAAAAUUAAGAAAGGACCCAGAACAAGCAAGAAACAAAUCCUGGACUCUUUUCCAGAAAGUGUAACCCAUGUAGCCACUUAUGGCCUUGAGAACCCAGGCAAGGCCAAGCACGCGUAUACUCAAAGAGGGAGAAAACAAAUGUGUAUAAAGAAUAUGUAUAAAUAUUCUAUUUAAUCUUCCUGAUGUGAGGAGCCAAUGUUGCAUGAUGAAAAGAUGAUAUGAUUCUGUUCAUA